CCACGGCUCAUCAGGUUUCUGGGCUUCAGCACUUCUCGUCGUCAUUACUCGCAAUCGACUGUAUUUUCAAGGUCACAGGAGGACCCAAACAAUAACCCCAAAAAAGAAAAAAAAAAAAGAAAGAAAAACAUUCAACGACCACCGCCUAUCCGCAGCCAUGGCCCCCAUCGUCAUCCACCACAUGCACGUCUCGCAGUCGGAGCGCAUCCCCUGGCUCUGCGAGGAGCUCGGCGUCCCGUACGAGCUCAAGGAGUACCGGCGGUCCCCGGUCCUGGCCCCGCCCGAGAUCGUGUCCCUGCACCCGUCGGGCACGGUGCCCGUCAUCGAGGACGGCGACCUCAUGCUGGCCGAGAGCUGCGCCAUCCUCGAGUACAUUGCGCACCGGCACGGCGGCGGGCGGCUCUUCGUCGGGCCCUCGGACCCGGCCUACGCCGACUUCCUGUUCUGGUGGCACUGGGCCGACGGCACGCUACAGCCGGCCAUGCUGCGCGUGCUCUACAUGGGCAUGGCCCGCCUCGAGCAGGACCACAGCUCCAUGCUAGCGGCCAAGGACCGCCGCGCCCGCGCCCUGCGCCAGCUCGAGGACCGCCUGGCCGCAAACAGGUGGCUCGCCGGCGGCGACCGCUUCACCGCCGCCGACGUCAUGGUCGUCUUCUCGCUCACCACGGCCCGCCGCUUCGCGCCCGUCGACCUGGGCGAGUACCCAAACAUCCUGAGGUUCCUGGCUGACGUCGGCGAGCGGGAGGCGUACAAGACCGCCAUGGCCAAGUGCGAGCCCGACCUGGAGCUGGCCCUGGGGGCCGCGCCGCCCAAGUCCUUUUUCGCCUGAGCUGCCCCUGGGCUGUCACGACACGAAACCAUCAUGUUGAGGUGGGAGCCUUGCUCUUAUUGAUGCGCAAUGCUGGGUGGUGUUGGUGGGCUUCGUGCUGUGCGGUGAAAUCAUCACCAUGUUUAGAAACAUAAAUACGAGCACAAAUUUCCAUGCGACAA